CUCCCCGCCCCCUCCCUCUGCCGGGCCGGGGCAGCGGCGGCAGCGCCCGGACGGUGCUGAGGCGGCGGCGGAGCUCGGAGGUGGCCCCGGCGCAGGAUUUCUCCUUCCCAAAGCUUGGCCGAAUGGAGGAGGAGGCUGCGAGGAAGAGGAAGAUGCCCCAGGACCCCCAGGCAGGCCCCGAGCUGAGGACGGAGAGCCCGGAGGACAAAUCCCCCCGGCAGAGCCUGGUGGGAGAGGCUGUUUUGAAGGGCUCCACGGCGCAGGAAGGCAGCGGGGAGGGAAAGCCACGAAGGUACCCCAGGAGGAGGGUCUCCAAAGCCAGCCCAGGGUGCUCUGAGGAGGAAAGACCCACCCUGCGCCGGGAAGGUGGCCGGAGCUUGAGGCAGAGCUGCGACCAGGAGGUCCUUGAGCAACCUUCCACCAGGGAGAAGCCCUACAAAUGCUUGGAAUGUGGGAAGACCUACAGCCGGAGCUCCAUGCUCCUCACCCACCAGCACACCCACACGGGAGAACAGCCAUACACAUGUGGGGAAUGUGGGAAGAGCUUCAGUCAUAGGUCCAGCCUGAUCCGCCACCGGAACAUCCACACCCACGAGCAUCUCUACACAUGCUUGGAAUGUGGGCAGAUCUUCAGCCGGAGAUCCCACCUGAUCGGACACCAGAUCAUCCACACCGGGGAACGGCCCCACAAGUGCUUGGAAUGUGGGAAGAGCUUCAGGCGGAGCUCUCACCUGAUCGGCCACCAGCGCAGCCACACGGGGGAACGGCCCCACAAGUGCUUGGAAUGUGGGAAGAGCUUCAGCGACAGCUCCACCCUCCACAACCACCAGCGCAUCCACACUGGGGAACGGCCCUACAAGUGCUUGGAAUGUGGGAAGAGCUUCAGCUGCAUCUCCCACUUGAGCUUGCACCAGAAGACUCACACUGGGGAACGGCCCUACAAGUGCUUGGAAUGUGGGAAGAGGUUUCUGACCAGCUCACAUCUCCUCAGGCAUCAGCAAAUGCACAGGGAGGAGAGGCCCUUCUGCUGCACUGACUGUAGGAAGAGCUUCAAGGACAACUCCAUGCUCAUCACCCACCAACGCAUCCACAGCGGGGAGAGGCCCUACCAGUGUGAGGAGUGUGGGAAGAGUUUCAUCAGCAGCUCCCACCUUGUCAGGCACAGGCGCAUCCACAGCGGGGAGAGGCCCUACAAGUGUGACAAGUGUGGGAAGAGCUUCAAUCAGAGCUCUAACUUGACCACACACCAACGGACCCACCAGUAAGAGAAGCCCUGUGAGCGCCUUGACUGCGGAAAGAGCUUUGUCUGCUGCUCCAACUCCAUCACCCAUUGGAGGACCCACAUUGGAUGAUCCACAGUGACCCACACUGGGCACAGACCUGGUGACUCACAUUUCAGAUGAUACACAUUGGGAAGACAUCUGGCAGGUGGUCUCCAUCCUCCUGGUUCCCUGUAGGCAUCUGGAUGAAGGCAGGGGGAGGAACAUUCAUCAGAACACAGAAUAAGAUUGGAAAUUCAUUGGGAAGAGCAAAUUUUUUGACUUUGGACCUGUGGCAGGACAUCUCCCCUGGAAUGUCCAAGCAAACUAUGCCACGGCCCGGUGGCGUAAGGAAUAGGGACGUAACACUGCAUAGAAGGGUCCGACAAGAUAGAAGGUUGGGGUGCAAUGGCCACUUUAUUAAGGGAGGACUGGAACUUAUCUAGGGUUCGGCUGAGGGAAGUUCGGUAACCGGGGCAGAGCAUGAGACGGACAGCUCAGGGUAUAACAGGAUAGGAGAACAAAGGGAAAGGAGGGAGGAACUUGGGAGGAGUUGGGAGUCAAGGACCAACGGGAGCUCACUCCGCACUGCGGCACUUCUCAGCCAGUCAGUGUGGGAUGAGUGGGAAAGCAGGGGAGAGCAAGGGAGUAAACAACUUUUGGCAGGAAAAACUGUGGGCAAGUCCAGGCAAGUUCUGGGUAAUACAUUUCAAGGGGAUUAAUACAGAGAUAUAUGGGGAAAUACAUUAAAUGGGGUUCAGAACGGGGAUAUAAACGUGAAAGUCCAUAGGCUGUCAUCUCUUCAAGCACCAUACAGGUCCCUCCAUGCCUGGAAGCGUUGCCAUCCCGAUUCUUUUUCCUCCACAUCUCCCCCAUUUUUGUUUUCUUGAGGGAUUGACAGAAAUACGGUCUUUGGUAUAAGUCUUUUACAUGUAGCUAUAACACAGCAAAUAGUUAAUAAUAAUGUAAGGGGGGUACUUUUGAAUUAGAUGAUCAAUGGAGCAUAGAGGCGUGAGAAAGGAAUCAAGGCGUGAGAAAGGAUGUGAAACCAGCUAGAGUAUGGUACAAUGUAACUUCAUGGCACAAGCUAAUUGUAAGGUCCAUUGUGCUUUUUAGCAAGUCAGCUUGAUAUCCCCUAUUAUCAGAGCUGAGUUCUUCCUUGGUUUUGCUACAUAUUGCAAGAUAGAUACAUCUACCCUUGAAACACAAUGGUAGAGGUCAUACAUAGGGGUGAGAAAGAUGAUGAUGGGAGGAAGAUGAUGUGGGCAGGGCUCGCUGGCCCCUUGCCCUACAAGUAGGGCAUGCGCAGACUGUUGCCAUGAGGUGAUGAUCAGGCGGUGUUUGGCUGCCACUCAGGCAUCACCUUAUACUGGGUACUGGCCCUACGUGGUGUAAUGUGGAACUGAUAAAAUGGGGUGUCGGGACUGCUGAGUCGAGCGAUCCUCAUCCUGCCACCGAGACUGUGUUGCUCCGCGGGGACGCCCGCUAAGCACGGGCACCGACCAGCUGCUGCAGAUCCUGACAGCCCUGGCCUGUCUGUGUGGAUAUCAGCUAUACUUUGCUUCUUUGCUGACUUCUGUUUUAGAUGUCAAUGUGUGGACCACCCUGGCCAACGUGACGAAGACGGACGUGAUAUGUGUGUCCAUGGUAACUCCCACGAGUCCUUUUCGCACCUGUCUGGUUGGAGUACCCAUUGAUAACUACUGGUGGGGAACUCUAUAUAAUGAGACCGUGUUAGUAAACUGCACUUAUCCGGGAACUCAACCACCUCUUUGGCGAUUAGAAAUGGGGAUGGCCCUGGUUACGAAAAAGCGCUGAUAAGCUUGUCAGUAGUUGAAUGUAUAAUAAUGUGCAUAUUGUGUAUAAUUCCCUGUGUACUAACAUGUGUACGUCAAAUGAUAAACACCAGGCUAAACGCGUUGCAAUCUUGGGUAGUUCAUUAUCACCCUCUUGCUACCAUUGAUCACGCGGUGGCAUGUAAGGGGGGUACUUUUGAAUUAGAUGAUCAAUGGAGCAUAGAGGCGUGAGAAAGGAACCAUAUUAGGAUGUGAAACCAGCUAGAGUAUGGUACAAUGUAACUUCAUGGCACAAGCUAAUUGUAAGGUCCAUUGUGCUUUUUAGCAAGUCAGCUUGAUAUCCCCUAUUAUCAGAGCUGAGUUCUUCCUUGGUUUUGCUACAUAUUGCAAGAUAGAUACAUCUACCCUUGAAACACAAUGGUAGAGGUCAUACAUAGGGGUGAGAAAGAUGAUGAUGGGAGGAAGAUGAUGUGGGCAGGGCUCGCUGGCCCCUUGCCCUACAAGUAGGGCAUGCGCAGACUGUUGCCAUGAGGUGAUGAUCAGGCGGUGUUUGGCUGCCAUUCAGGCAUCACCUUAUACUGGGUACUGGCCCUACGUGGUGUAAUGUGGAACUGAUAAAAAUGGGGUGUCGGGACUGCUGAGUCGAGCGAUCCUCAUCCUACCACCGAGACUGUGUUGCUCCGCGGGGACGCCCGCUAAGCACGGGCACCGACCAGCUGCUGCAGAUCCUGACAGCCCUGGCCUGUCUGUGUGGGUAAGCACAGGUUAUUGAUAGGAAGCAACUGAGAGAACAAACUUUUUAAUACCUUUUUAGUGUUCCCUUAAUUCCCCUUUUAUGUUUAUAGUAUUUUUUCCUUUUAAUUUCCCUUUUUACUAACCAAUAUCGUGUUAUCCAUAAUACUGUGUUAAGAUCCUUUUUUGGUAUCCCCUUUUUCACUAGUUAAUACUGUAUUAAAUGCUGUUCAUAGUAUUUGUUUUAAUGCCACCCGAUAAGGUAGUUAUUUUGUAUCCUUUUUUAGUUUUUAAUUCCUCUUGCUAAGUUUAUUACUAUUAUUAUUAUUCUCACUGUAAUAAAAGAUAUUUUGUGUGUUUGAA